CUGGGUUACUGUUUGGAGCCAAGACACUACCUUGGCUCAGUACUAUACACAUGUUCCCCCUCAUCGGUCUCCCGAUGUGGUUACACCCCCGAAUUGGGUAAGAGCAUGCCUGCAGUCCUGAAUUGACCCGUGCCGUGUCACGGGCUGGAAGACACAGACAUCUGCAAGGCCUCCUUUUAGCGGGACUUCUCUAUUUACCUGUUUUGUCUGGCUUCUGAGGACACGGGAUCGCAGCGGAGCCUCGAUGCCGCUCGAUUGGUUCCGCGAACGAGGCUCUUCGACCCUUGCAUAUGGGCCGGGCAAGUAUAGCUAUCCCUGUUCCUCGUUUCUGGUCAACUCUCUUCACGAUCCCCCCGCGUCUUAUGAUCGGCGGCCGUGCAUACCAGGAGCAUGUCUUCGCCCCUCGCUUUUAGCCUCUUUGGUCUUGAUGAUGGCUCGUUGCCACUUCGGCCUAGAUGAAGGCCUAGACAAGGAACUUGCUUGCUUGGGUGACGAUAGAGUUUGCCUUCCUGAUCGGGCCUUCCUGAUCGCGUGUUUUAGCCCCCUCGUACUCCUCGACUUCCAGCACAGACUAUCUGAGCCGUCGGGGCCGGAUAAAACGCCCUCGUCGUUCUUCAGCAGUGAAGCAGUGAAGUGUGUACUAGACAGAAUUACGCCUCGCCUGAGGGGCUUCAUUGAGAGCAUGCUUCCCCUCGGGUUCAAGUGUGUGCACCUCUCUACAGGUAGGUACGUCACAGCCAGGAACUCGGGUCUGACCGCAGGAUGUAACCGAACCUGCAGACUGCUUGUUACCUCUGCUGGUGGUGCUUGUUCCUGCUGCGACCCGCUCAACCCGGCUGCAUGCACGGCCCUGUCUAGUCUCGCCUCAUGUCUCCCCGUAGUGUACCUACCACACCUAUAUACUACACGAGUAUAAGGUGGGGAGGGAAGGGUGAGAGAUCGUCUUACACGUGAUGAGUCUGCCGUCUUUUGUUUCCUAGAUC